AUGGACGACUCAAAGUCGGAGGAGCCGAAGGCCAAAGGCAGACAGAUACGGGACUUUGAUACCUUGUUUGAUCUAGCCGUGCGAAAUGGCUUACGUGAAGAUAAAUCAGACGUCGACUCGCAUUUCGUGUAUCGCAGACUCAAGGGGCAGAGUAUAAAGCGUUUCCCAAAGUCGCUUUUCCCAUGGAAUGCAUACAAGAAGCGAAACCCAGGCGCAACUCCACAACACCUGGACACCUUAAAACACUACACUAAGUUCCUGGGCCUGACUAUGAAAGGCAGAAUAAAAGAAAAUAAUCCGUUUAGUCGGCCAACUACGGACAGUUUACGGGCUGAAAUCCGACGGUUCUGCAGUGCUUGGAAUCGGGAAAAUGUGGCUACCAAUAACUGGAUUCCCAAGGAAGUAAGCGAGUCUAUGGCACCGUACAUUGAGGGGCCAUUGGCCGACGAGAUAGGGUUGCUACGCGGAAAGAGAGGAAAGAUUCCGCGAAAGUACUUCACGCUUGAUAGCUACAAAAAAGUGCAAAGUUUUCAUUGGGAAGAGGACUGGUUUGACUACAUUCAUGAAGGCACCCGAGUCGACAACACAAACAUGAUUAAUGGACACGCCUAUACAUCUGCAAGACUGAGUGAAAUUUGCCAGGCAACAUACAAGGACCUUGAAUGUGUUGUUGGCUAUUAUGACGGGGAGCCCGACAUUAAAUUAAAAUUCACAAGGGAGUUCUGUAAGGCCAAGGACGUAGAUCAGCCCGAGCACCCCUUUCCAGAGAGAAUGAAUACGCCCGAUGGGUUGUACCCCCCUCUAGUUGCCCAGCCAAUUGUACAUUGGCUAGCCAAUAUCGUGUCUUCUCAGGCAUUUGCUCGAUAUCACACGCUUGACCAGAUCCUUGCAAUCAGACCGCCUAAAAACAGCAACUACUGCAUAAUCGAGUGGGCAGAUCAUAUGCUGGACAAGCCAGUGUUCCCGGAAUGGAACCCGGAUGGAAGGUCAGAGAAGACAAGGUGCCCAAAUGCAUGGGGCAGUCAGUCAACCGCGCUAGCUAAGCGUGCUGGCAUGACGAAUGGACUUGGAUUUCAUUCCGUGCGGCGCAAAGCGCUGAUCAACUGCAAUGAUGCUGGGUACUCGCUUGCAUCGAUUCUGAAGUUUGCGUCGCAGAAUAAUACAAAUGUUCUGGUUAACAAGUAUCUGGGAACAGUGUGUUCUAUCGACGGUGUAGCUACGUACCAAGGGCUCCCACCUCGGAACGACCUGGCGGAGGACUUUCUGUCUGCAACAAUGAGAUGGAACCCAGACCUCGCAUUUCGAUUACCUUCGAAGAGAACGGAAGAGAUAAAAGACAGCACUGAGUAUUGUUCCAUGACAGAAGAGAUUGAUAUUUUAACGCAGAGAAUUGCGGCCAAUUCCGAAGGAAACGCUACCGUUCUUAGAGCACAACGAACAACACUGUACAAUAAACGAAAUUCUCUGAUCAAGAAUGAAUUAAGAAAGCUUCAGCUUCAACAGAAGGUUGACUAUGAAACUGAUAAGGCACCAUACGAUGAGACAGACUGGCAUAAAGGUCACUUCAACCGGAUUAAACAUAUGUUGCCUCCGGAGAGACUAAGGCUGGCGACUACGAUGAUGGCUCAAGCCUCACCAAGAAGCCAGACAUGGAUACAAGCCAUUGAGGAUUUGAUAUGUCUCCGUAACUCGGAUUGCAAAGUGGCAUAUCAGAGAGGGCUCCAACCUGUGGAUGGAUUCUGCCCUAUUAGCAGCUGCCGCCAGGAAAUAUCAAGUCUACCAGUUGAGAAACGGUGGAACCAUAUCUACAGAUGCUAUCGAGCUCUAUACACUGGACUGCAUUGCUUUGCCCAAUUCUGUUUCAUGUGCAAUGAAUGGGUUACAAGCAAGUUUGAAUGGCUGAACCACUGUGAAGCUCAUAUAGAGACAAAUAAUGUGCCUUUUCGCUACGACCCAGUCACCUUCCGAUAUGCUACGGCCUGCGCCGGUUAUUGCCCUGUGUGUAUUUGGAAGACUGACCUCCCAGCCGAUGAGAGGCUAAAGCAGUACACAGACCGAAGCGCAUGGAGAAGACACAUUUCAAGGUGCAUCUUAUCAUACAUGAAACAUCAGGAUGACCAACCGAAUCUCAAAUGCCCUGAUGAAAGAUGUCCAAAGGCCUUCCCAGCCCGUCAGGCUUUGUGGCACCAUCUAGACGACGUACACAGCAUACCAACUAUAAGCCAUCAUGACAUGUCAAAGGGGGACACACUUCCAUUUAACCAAGAAAAUCCUAGGCGCGAUCAUAUCCGACUUAUUAAACACAGCAGCCCACCGGAGAUAUCAUCUUUGCGCAUAUCGCCCGAGCGGCAAUCCUGGACCGAUGAACUCAUAAACGAUUCAUCAUCACAAUUUAGCAAACGCGACAGUUGCAUCUGGGAUGCAGAGAGCAUAUGCGCCGCGGACACUCCACUGUCGGAGGUAUACUGUGAUGUCAACGAGAUAGACAUGAAGGAUGAAGAGCACUCUUUGUCAGAGGCUGAUGAUCCGCCAAUAAGCUUCGGUAUUGAGCGGGAGAUUUUAAUUGACCCAAUGCUCUUGUGUGAACACCAUACAGGCCUUGCGGUACAACCCCCCUCAACAAUGUCGUCCAGUUUUGGAGUUGAUGGUAGUGGACAUCGGGAAAGUGAACCAGAGGUUUCUGGAAACGCCACGGAGCAUGAACUGGCGCACGACAAUCAAUACUUUGUUGACCGCUUACUCGGAAAAUGGCGCCACAGGGGCAAGGUCUGGUUUUACUUGAGGUGGAACGAUGGAAGUUAUGGAUUCGAGGAGGAAGUGGACAUCAAUGAAGAUCUUCGAAAGGAUUUCGAAACAAAAGCCUUCACGGGAUUUCACGAAGGCGCUCAUGUAAAGCGUGUAAGAGAACGAAAUGGCAAGACAAGUUACCUGACGGGGUUUCUAGGGUGCAUGGAAGAGUGGGAACUUCCAGAGCAGGCCCUCCACCCAGACUUGGUUGCUAGACAUAAGCCAGCCAAGAAGAGCAAAGGCAAAUCGAAGAGGGGCAGAAAGAAGUCCUGA